AUGGCGGACCAUCGAAAGAGUCUCACCGGCGUCUCUUGGGCGUUUGCGAGCGUUUCGAUCAUUGUUGUUGCCAUUCGGGUCUAUACGCGGGCACUCUACACGCGCCGCGCAGGAUGGGAUGAUUUCUUCAUUGCGCUCUCGUUGAUUAGUGCACUUGUUUGCUCUGCUCUGGUGCAGGUCGGAGUCUCCUAUGGAUUGGGCAUGCAUGCGACCGACAUCACAGAUCCGGAAGCGAAAAUCCAAGCCUUCAAAUACACCGUUAUCGCGCCAAACUUCUCCAUGGUCAGUACCACGACGGGGAAAAUCUCGGUCGUGAUCUUUCUUCUCAGGUUGAUGGGACCGACGGCUUCGGCGUGGCGACGAUGGUUUCUGUAUAUCUUGACGGUCGUCUCGAUCGGAAUGAACAUUCUGGCUGUCAUUGUUGUAAUGGGGUUCUGUAGGCCGGCGGAGAAGAUUUGGCGGCCGGAGACCCCUGGUUCUUGCUUCAGCUUGCAACUACAAUUGGUGGCGGGAACGGCUCAAGCUUCGUAUAAUGCUUUCUCUGACCUGGCGCUGGCUAUAUUUCCGGUGUUCGUUUUCUGGAAGGUGCAGCUGGCCAUGCGCCUCAAGGUAGCCGUGAUUGCAGUUAUGGGGGCCGGUGUUUUUGCUGCUGCAGCAACAUUAACAAAAGCCAUUCUACUGAAGAACCUACCCGCUCAUGCCGAUAUAACCUGGUCCUGGGCCCCGAUAACAAUCUGGUACACAAUCGAAAUGUACGUUAUCAUAAUCUGCGCCACCCUUCCGACCCUUCGACAAUCCUACUUCGCCGUCCUCAACCGAUCCACGCACCAAUCCUCAUCCUACAACAAAUUCACACAUUCCGCCAAAUCCGACCAAAAGCAACGAUCAAUACCCCAGCCUCGCCGACCAGUUGACGCGUCACUUUUCGAAACCCAUUUGACGAAUUUCCAGGAGGAGCCAAGCCAUCACCAUAGUUCGAGUCAGGAGGAUAUUUUGCCCGGCGAGGCGAUUGAUCUGAGUGCGAUUAAGAAGACGACGGAGGUGCAUGUCUACCAGGAAAGUAGGACGGAUAAUAGCCAUGACAAUCCAUUUGAUCCCUUCAGCGAAGAGGCUGCCAAAUAUGACACGGAAGAGUCCCACGAUGUCAUCAACGACAUUAAUUGGGAUGACCCCUCGUCCUUUUUCGAAAAGAUGAACCUGAACUUGCCCAAACCGCUGUCUUAUCCAUGUGCAGAAGAGGGGCGCAAAGAGAGCCGCGAAAGAUCGUCCAAGGUGCUAUCCACCUGGCAGACUCUGAGCAAGAUUAUCGACCGACAUGAAGAUCGCAUCCAGAAGCGAUGGCGCCAGAAGUCGCAGCCAAAACGCCGCCAGGUCCUUCUCUCCGUUUGGCCGGACAUGCCCAAGAUGCAUCGUCCGGAUUUCCAGGCCUUCAAGAAAGGACUCCGCGAGGAGGCGAAAGAUUCCUAUAUGUGGCCGUAUAUCAACCUAGAAGACCUGGAGAAACCGAGGCCCUUGCUGUUGUUUCUGAAUGCUCGUGCCCGUCAGGCACCGCAUUGUUUCGCUCACGCCGAUUUCAAUGCGCAGCAUCUGGGCCAUCCUUCAGGGGCCAUACGAACCGCGUUUCUCAACCUGCAUACUAUGAUGUUUAGCGGAGGAACGACCCCGGAAUCGCGUCAAACGGACAAGGCUUUCACCCUGUUUCUUCUAGAGACCUGCUAUCAACCUCUCCAUGACAUCCCUCGAGAGUCUCUGAUCGACGAUUUCCCUGUGCUUCCGGAACCCACGAUCAAGGACGAGAAAGAGUGGGCUUCCCUAGCUGCUAUUGCGGGAGACGCACCAUAUUGUCUCCCUGCUAGCCUUGAUUUACGAUCACUUGAAGAUCUGGUCGAUGCUAAACACUCGGCGGCAGAAGACCAUCUCCUAGCUCUACGGGAAGACCCUGGAUACUUUGAAGAUGUCGUCAGUGAUUAUAAAGAACAUCGACUGGAGAUCCUUCUCGAUAUCACCGGAAAGCUUCAUCCGACCAUGGCACCACACCCCCAGCCUCUCUUCUGGAAUUGUGUUCUGCAGAAUGUUGUUGCGGAGGCCUAUUUCGCCGUUGAAACGUGA